AUGGCUCCCGCCGGCGCCGAGAAACCCGCCGACGCCGCCCCGGUGCCCGAGCAGGAGGAGAAGGAGGCGCUGUUCGCGGCGAAGCACGAGGAGCUGGUGUCCGAGGCGCGGGACGUGGCGCGCGAGCACGGCGUCGCCGUGACCACUGUCGCGUUCCGGCCCGACGGCACCGCGGUGGCGGACGAGGCCGUCGGCGUCGGCGUCGGGCUGCAGGAGCAGGUGCGGGCCAUGAUUCAGCGGGCCAUAGCGAGGAAGGUGGCGGCGAUGGAGUCCGGGGAGUUGGCCGCGCACCGGAGGGAGCUCCAGAUGCUGAGGGGCAUCGUGGUCGGCGAGCUGACGCAGGCCAAUAAGGUGUUGCCGGGACGGAAGGAGACGGACAGCAGCAGGUGA